AUGAAUUUCCGAAGUAGAUGGAGAGCGUGGAUAAUGGCAACGCUACAAUCUGCUAGAGCUUCUGUCUUGGUGAAUGGGUCUCCGACCAGGGAAUUCGAUUGCUCUCGUGGGUUGCGUCAAGGGGAUCCGUUGUCUCCUUUCUUGUUCGUAAUAGCAAUGGAAGCUCUAACCGGAAUCAUGAAAAAGGCCACUGCCAUGGGUCUUUUUAAUGGAAUCAAAAUCUCUAAUGAAGCCCCGAUUAAAGUAUUGGAGUCCCUUGAUAGAAUAAGACGGGUUUUCUUUUGGGGAGGGUCAGAGGAAAAAGCUAGAAUGAAUUGGGUGGCAUGGGAUAAAACUAUUGCUCCGGUGGAAUAUGGGGGUUUAGGUUUUGGAUCACUAAGGGAUGCGAAUUUGGCGAUGUUGGAAAAAUGGUGGUGGAGGUUUAAAACAGAAAAAAACGGUUUGUGGAGACGAGUUAUUUGGGCGAUUCAUCAUAACUCGAGAGGAUGGAAAGACAUUCCAAUUAAAGUUUCAGUGGCCGGGCCUUGGAAAAGUAUCGCUAGUAUUCGGAAUUUAUUAUUAACAGCUGAUAUCGAUCUAAAUGUUGCUUCAAGGGCAGUCCUGGCUAAUUGUAAAAAUAUAUCAUUCUGGUUAGAUUGCUGGGCAGAUUCAGAGCCCUUUUACCUAAUGUUCCCAGACCUGUUUAAAGCUGCAUUAUAUAAGGAUUGCUUGGUGCAUGACUGUAUGAAACUUAAUGGGUCACGGCUGGAUUUUAAUUGGGCUUGGAAGUCCACGUCUUUGGGUAACAGUGAAAGCAAUCAACUUCAACAAUGA